AUUUCUUACUCUUGCUUACUCCGUGUAUUGUAAACGACGCAUCAUACCGUGUAUUGGACAACUGUAUCACUGUGUAUCUAUUCGUAGAGACAACUUGAAGGUUUCUACCGUACCGUAGCGAUCGGAAGGCUUCAGGUUUCAGUGUUGAAGAGUGAUAAUGCCCACCGUAGUGAACUCCUCACUCACCUACGAAAUUCUCAUGUAUCUGAACUCGUUUUACUUCGGCAUGUUCGCCGUAUGUGAGCUGGGCAUGGGGCUAUUCAAGGUCGCGAAUUUGCCAUCACCGGGCACAAGCAAGACUCUGACAGAGUUUGCGCUUCUGUUUUUCUUGAUAGUGACGGAGAGCGGCAGGAUUUAUCUGGGAAGAAAGGGAAAUCUAACUGAGCGUGGACUGCCAAUUCUCAUCGGAAUCGUCCUGACCAUUCCCAGCUCGCUAGCAACGCUCUACUUCCUGCUCUGGCAGUACUACGUACUCAGGUUGGAGAUGAUUCUCUGCAGUAUACAGUUGGUUCUGCUAGCAUCCGAGGUAGUCAUUGCGAUCAUGUGCCUUAUAGCCAUCCACCGACCGCCAGCUCCAGUGAAAUGACUAAAUGUUAUCUUUUCUGAUAUUCUAGUCGCACGACGACUAUAUUUUACACUUGUCGCUUAAUAAUCUAUUCAAAGUAUCGUCGAUUCAUCAAGGUCGAAAUCAAACUUUUUGACAACAUUGUUUUUUGAUACACAAUAAGACUUCUUGCUAUGUACGAUUAUAUCUAUUAUAUCUCUACGUGUAAAAAAUCCUGUACAGGAAAGAGAAUCAGAUUAU